CAAACCCACACCCCACCAUGUCAUCCACGCACACCAAUUCCGAAACAAUUCUCCUCGGAUGGAACUUCCCCACCGACUCCAUCUACCUCCCCUACCAUCAUAACAUCCCUGCUCACGAAAAUAUCUUGCGACGCCUCGACGCCGGGGAACCCAUCAACGUCGAACUCCAAUUCCUUUUCCACGAGUGCCCAAAUAUCGGCAUAAUCCUCUCCUGGAUAUCCAAGUAUCAUAAAGCCCGUACGGUCUCCAUCAAAAUCUACCGCUGGAAAACCCUAAUGGCGAACACCGUCUCCCUCGCCAAUGCACCUCUCGCGCCCCUCACAGCAAUCAGGCUCACCGAAGGCAUCGACUGUGACUCUUACCCUCCAGCGAUGGUCGAAUCCCUUCUUGCCUACUCCCCAUCGACACUUCAAGAGCUCACUAUCAGUUGGGUCAACUUCCACCGCACCUUCCGGACUAUACAUCGGAAAACCUCCUUCCGCGGAGCGAUGCGACCUAGGAUCAUCGACCUGGACAUGAGCAGUGUAUCUCUCGUCUACGUUCUCGAGUAUCUAGGUAUCUUGAUAGACGAGGAUAUCCUCAAGGUCGACCAGCUCAAGAGCAUGACCAUGACUCUAGGGUUUUACGAGUUCUUCCUGGAGAAGCAUGCGGACCCUCAAAUGUUGGCUGACUGUGUAAUCCAGGCAUUAGAGCGAUUGUAUAGGCGAGGAGUGACGCUCGAGAUGUUGAAGGUUACUGAUGCGCUGAAAAAGAAUGUGAUAGUUCAACACCUGGCUAGUAGAAUUAGCACCAAUUUCUCCUUUGCUUGAAGCCAAGAGAAGUGAUUAGACUCUCUGGCACGGACACAGUGAUCCUCGGGGUGCGUUUCGAGGAAUGUGAUAGCAACACAGGUAGAAGGUAGGAGUCGAAAUCUAGUAGAGGAGUAAAGUCCGUCCCUAUUGUUUUGAAUUUCGAUAUGAGUCCUAGUUUUUCCUUGGUGAU